GUUCUUGGCUUACACCCUGGUUUGCUACGAUCUCGCUGUGGCUAUGGACCUGGAGUUCAUGCCGUACUACUUCUGGGUGUGCAUGUGGUGCUCUUUGUUCACCAUCUUGGUUGCCGUCUUUGACCUCUGCGCCCUGAUGAAGCACGUGACCAUGUUCAGUGAGGAUAUCUUUGCCGGCCUGAUCUCUCUCAUCUUCAUCAUCGACGGAGUGCUGCCCAUGCUGCGCAACUUCUGGGAGGACAAGAUGACUUUGGCAGCGGCAAUGUUCGAGAUGCUCCUCUUCCUGUACACCUUUGGACUGGCCACUUACCUCUCCCACUUCCGUCGCACACCCUGGCUCUUGCGAUCCCUCCGCAAUCUCAUGGCCAACUUCGCAGUGACGAUCGCCUUGGUUACGGCUUCCGCCCUGGCAGCUAUCUACGCCAGCGACACGAACCUUCGUAUGCUUACCGUCGAUGCGGAGCUCUCGCCCUCGCUGGUGCUGGCUGGCGGCGGCAAGCGCAGCUGGGUGGUGAACCCCAUGGGCAUCGAGAAGGACUUCCCAAUGUGGGGCAUCCCGUAUGCGAUCCUCCCAGCCAUCGGCUUCGCUGUGCUGGGCUAUCUGGAUCAGAACCUCACCAGCGUGAUCGUGAACCGGCCAUCAAACAACCUGCAGAAGGGUCCUGGCUACCACUUGGAUCUCUUCAUCAGAGGCGCUCUCACACUGCCGGCCUGCGCUGUGCUUGGACUGCCGUUGGCUGUGGCAUCAACGGUGCCCAGCAUCACUCACGUUAUCUCGCUGACGACCUACGAGGUGAAGCAACUCCCGCAAGGUGAGCGUAAGGUGCCUGUGAAGGUUGUCGAACAGCGAGCGACAAACUUCUUGAUCCACGUGCUCAUUGGCUGUGCUCUGUUCAUGGCUCCAGCUCUGAAAUUCCUGCCUCAAGCUGUGCUGCAGGGUGUCUUCUUCUACAUGGGCAUCGCGUCAUUGACAGGAAAUUCCCUGUUCGACCGCAUGUUCUUGUGGCUGAUCUGGGAUUCGUCGAAGUACCCGCAGUACCACUACGUCCAGAAGCUGCCCAUUGCGCGAGUCCACCUUUACACCUUCAUCCAGUUCAUUUGCCUUGCCAUCCUCUAUGGACUGAAAGAGAUCAAGGAAACGGCCGUGGUAUUCCCCUUCUUCAUGGCCUCCCUGGCCGUCAUCCGCAAGUUCCUGCGGUUCAUCUUCACGGCAGAGGAGCUCUCGCUGUUGGAUGGCCAUCCUGAUGAUGAUGAGCAGGAGGAGGAGCCGCUGCCUCAGCAGCCAGACCUCUUGAACCUCGAGCCGGUCAAGGAGCCCAAGGAGGAGGAGGCAGCGCAGGCACCUGCGGAGGCCAGCAAGCCAGCAGUGGAGGAGCAUCCAGUGUUGAAGAGCGAGCAGACGGGCUUCUCCCUCUGA